CAUUCCUCCAUCACUACUUCUUAUGCUCCUCGCAUCCCUCCGCCGCAUCGCUGUCCCCCUCGCUGUUACUCGAUCCAUCCACCGCCCACUUGCUACCGCUUACGUUCGCAACAUGUCCGCUCCUGCCAUCCCCAAGACGCACAAGGUCGUCCAGUUCGAGAAGACUGGCGGCCCCGAGGUCAACGUCCUCGCCGAGGUCCCCACCCCGACCCCCAAGCCCGACGAGGUGCUCAUCAAGGUUGAGUGGACUGGCGCCAACUUCAUCGACAACUACCGCCGCUCUGGCCUCUACACCGUCCCCCUCCCCUACGUCCAGGGCCAGGACAUUGUGGGGAAGAUUGUCCAGCUCCCCACCGAGAAGGUCGACACGCCUCUCGGCCCGCUCAAGAUUGGCCAGCGCGUUUUCUCGACCGCGGGCCACAGCUUUGCCGAGUACGCCGUCGCGCCGGCAUGGCAGGUCGCGCCUGUGCCGGACAGCGUCAAGGCCGAGGACGGCGUGUCGCUCUCCACUGUCACGCUGACGGCGCUCACGCUCCUGCGCGAGGCGUACCCCGUCCAGAAGGGCGACUACGUGCUUGUCCGCGCUGCGGCCGGCGGCGUCGGCCUUGUGCUCGUCCAGCUCGCCAAGGCGUUUGGCGCGCACGUCGUCGGCACCGUCUCGACCGCCGAGAAGGCGCAGCAGGCACGCGAGGCCGGCGCCGACCUCGUGCUGCUGUCCACUGCGCCCUCCGAGGAGAACGUCGCCAAGAUUGUCGAGUGGUCCGAGGGCAAGGGCGUCCACGGCGUCUACGACGGCAUCGGCAAGGACACGUGGGAGGAGGACUUCCUCGUCGUCCGCCCCAAGGCCACGAUCGUCACCUACGGCAACGCUUCCGGCCCCGUGCCCCCCUUCUCGCCCCUCAAGCUCACCCCCAAGGUCCUCAAGGUCACCCGCCCCUCGCUCUUCCCCUUCAUCAACACGCCCGAGGACUUUGCGCGCUACGCCCGCGAGGCCGUCACCCUCGCCGAGCAGGGCAAGGUCAAGUUUGCCGUCCACAAGGUCUACCCCUUCUCGGCCGAGGGCGUCAAGCAGAGCCAGAUCGACAUCAGCUCGCGCGGCACGACCGGCAAGCUCCUUAUCCAUGUGUCGUAAAGUGCGAGGUGACGUCGGCUGGUAACGAUAGAUGUGAUGCAGUGAUAGCAGUUUG